UCUUGCUCCUCUCUGCAGAUCUUCGGGGGCCUGGUAUGGAUCCUGAUCGCGUCCUCCCUGGUGCCCAUACCCCUGAUCCAGGGCUGGGUGAUGUUUGUGCCAGAUGAGGACAAGUGUGGGGAGAGACGCUGUGUCCUGGACUCUUUCCCUUCCAUCCCUCUGAUGCCUGCCCCUUCUGACUCCCAGGACGCAGCCUACCAGUGCGUCGCCGCCCUGUUCUACCUCAGCGCCUCCGUCCUGGAAGCCCUGGCCACCAUCUCCAUGCAGGACGGCUUCAUCUACAAGCACUACCGCGAGAACAUCGCGGCCGUGGUGUUCUCCUACGUCGCCACGCUGCUCUACGUGGUCCACGCCGUGUUCUCUUUAAUUAGGUGGAAGUCGUCAUAAAGCAGCCAGACUUGAGCUGAAAACCCAGAGGUGUUGGCGGAUCAGCCCAUCCUUCAGCGUAACUUUCUAGAAGGCAGACAUGCUCUCAAGGGGGCAAAAAGAAGAGAAAAAAAAAAGCAACACUUUCCCAUGGGUAUCCUGUUGACCUUCCCAUUGACCUUUCCACCAGGGCAGGGACUGGCUGCUAACCUGCAGUGCUGAGCUGUCCAGGGCCUCUUCCUGUAUGCGAGAGGGCCUGUGGGGUGGGACACAGGGAGCGUGACCUCAGAAGACCACAGCAUCCCCUGCUGGCCCCUGGGCUGGGUCUUGAGAAGAGCAGAUGGGAGCUCCCACGGGCUCCGUGGAAACCCAUCUAAUGGGGUGCUUCUAAGCGUCGUAGGAACUGAAACUCACCCGACUGACAUUUCCAGAUGCCACAGCGGAAGAUGAGAACCCUCUGACUUUAUAAAGUGCCCGUGUGUACAGUUCCUCUGUGGCUGUGCUGGGGGUUUGGUUUGAAUUGCCCUGUGCUGGGAACCGGCUCCUGGCAGCCUUCUGAGGACCUUUGACUUAAUCAGGAGGCAGCCUCAGUGACAGUCAGAUGACAUCAUGCACGCUCAGCCACUGCCCUCACCCUCCCAGAAUCCCACUGCCCCGAUGGCAUCCCCUCCCUGGAAACUCGCCAAGUGCCAGCCUGGGCCCCAGCCAUUGCCCCCAGUAGUCUGUGCUCAAUUAGAAUUCCCUUAAACCGGCCAGCGUGGUGGCACCCGCCUGUGGUCCCAGUGGCUUCAGAGGCUGAGGCAGGAGGAUGGCAAAUCCAGCUUCAGCAGCUCAGUGAGGCGCUAAGCAACUCAGUGAGACCCUGGCUCUAAAUGAAAUAUAAGAAAGGGCUGGGGAUGUGGCCCGGUGGGUUAGUGCCCCAGGGUUCAAUCCCUGGUACCAAAAAAAAAAAAAGAAAGAAAGAAACAAAGAAAAAAAAUUUCUUAAACCCAAAGAAAACUAGGUACAGAUGUUUCCUCUCACUUUUUGUAAAGCUGAUCCGAACUGUUUUGAGCUGUGUGGUCUGUUCUGUGUUCUCUGGUGGCAUGGAUAACCAACUGGUUUUAGAAUGUCCCUGGGGAGAAAGGGGACCCGGCUGCAGAGUGGAAGGAGGCAGAAACACCCGGUGGACACUGGGUUUCUGGUGUUAGCUGUCCAGGCUGUAAGUAGACAAAGGUCCCUAAGUUGGGAAUCUGGAAGCCCAGCCCCUGUUCUGAGUCCCCUUGAUCCCAUGGCUCAAGAAUGAGUGACAUUCCAGGAUCACUGGUACCAAAAUCUGGGUCACUGGUAUCAAAAUCUAGCCACUUGCAACGAGUCCACUGAACAUAACUGAAAUUUCAUAGGAAACCAUGAGCAACAGGCUUGGCAGGGGCUGUAGCUAAAAAGCAAAACUAAACUACAAAUUAUGAAAUAAUAGGGGUUUGUCAUGUGUUUACAAAAUUUGUCACUCAGUGUCGAUGGAAGGAAGUCUCAAAACUGCCCUCCGCAGGGACUCACCCCAGAACUUGGUGCAAGCGAGGCUCCUUUGCAAUAGGAAAGGGAGGGAGGCAAGAACGCUGAAUUGAAUUUCCCAAAGUUAAAAUUUUUUAAUCAUUUAAAUAAACUUUCAUAGGACCUCU